AUGACCCUGGGCUGGGCUGCAUCACUGAGCCCAUCCCCACAGAGCUGCUGGUACAGGGGGCAGCUGGAGGAGGCGUUUGCCGAGAUGGACGAGACCAGAUUCGCCGCGAGCUGCCACCUACACAGCAUCAAGGGAGGCUGCACAGCUAUCGUAGCGCUGUUUCUUCCAGCAGAAACUCUACGUGGCCCACGCCGGAGACUGUCGUCAAUCCUCGUCGCCAAUAACCUGCAGGACAUAAUUCCUCUCUCCAUGGACUUCACCCCCGAGACCGACAGAAAACGGCUCCAGACGCUCGCCUUCCUCCAGCCACAGCUACUGGGGAAACACUUUGGUCGCAUCGAGUUCCAACGGAGGCUCCGCAAGAAGGACCUCGGACAGAAGGUCUUGUUUCGCGACCGGCACAUGUCCGGUUGGUCCUACCGCAUUGUCUCUGGUGACGACGUGAACCGAGUCCCCAUGAUAAUUGGCCACGGGAAGAGGGCCCGCCUCAUGGCCACCAUCGGUACCACUCGAGGUUUCGGAGACCACGAUCUAGAGGCGCCCGGCGGACAGUGGAUCAAACCCUUCCUCACUCCGAUCCCAGAGGUCAGAGUCCACGAACUCUCGACCCACAAGUACACCGAGAGAGAGGUGUUCAUAAUGGCAUCGGACGGACUGUGGGAGAGACUCACCAACGAAGAGGCGCUGGAGUGCGUCCAGCAGACUUUCCGAGACUUCGAGGAAGAGAAGGACGACAAGUCGGACAGAAUCUAUACCGCCAUUGCGCACAACCUGGUCCUGGCAGCUAGGGGGACACUCGGGAAGAAAGGCUGGCGGACUGCCAAGGAACAGAUAGCCAGCGGAGACGACAUCACCGUCUUUGUUGUUCCUCUCAUGCACGCGCAGACGAAACCGAGGCCAGGAUGUUUAGGGGAGACCUUUGAGGGUGCAGGGGAGAACACUGACCCUAUUGCGUAUGCCUCUGGUCCACCGGAACCGGCUCUCUUUGAAAAUGGCGAUGGGCACUGA